AUGAUCUCCUAUGAGGAGCUUCAGAAGCACACUACUCGCGAGAGCUGCUGGGUCAUGGUUCAUGGGAAGAUCUACGAUGUGACGGAUUUCCUUGACAACCACCCUGGCGGUGUCCCCGUCAUCCUGAGCCACUCUGGCCAGGAUGCAACCGGGAUCUACGACGCGAUUCACUCUGGAGGAUUCUUCGAGACCUUGCUCACGCCUGAGCAGCACAUCGGCAUCGUAGACCCGGCGACGGUCCCCGUGGUGGAGGUGGUGAAGACGGAGGACGAGCUCAGGGUGGAGGAGGCGAGGAAGAACAUCAAGAACAUCAACCUCCUGAUCAAUCUCGAUGACAUUGAGGAGGUCGCCCACCAGGUGCUAUCCAAAAUCGGAUGGAGCUACUAUCGUUCAACGGCCGACACCGGCAGCGCAUACGACAACAACUUCGCUGCCUUUUCUCGCUACUGGUUCCGCCCUCGUGUCCUGCGUCCAGUUCGGGACGUUGAUACCUCCACGACCAUCCUUGGGAUCCCCAGCUCCAUGCCAGUCUUCGUGUCCCCCGCUGCGAUGGCAAAGCUCGGCCACCCACUGGGUGAGAUCAACAUUACGAAGGGAUCCGCCACUGCCGGACUCAUCCAGGGCAUCUCUUCAAAUGCAUCGUGCACGAUCGACGAGAUCGCAGAGGCGAGGCAGGAGGGGCAGCCGCUUAUCUUCCAAUUGUAUGUGAACUCGGACCACAGGAUUACGGAAGAUACUCUUCGCAAAAUCGACAAGCUUGGAUUCAAGGCGAUCAUGCUGACUGUGGAUGCUCCCGUGCUGGGCAAACGCGAGCUGGACAUGAAAGCGAGGGGCCUCCCAGUGCGUGGUGCGAACAAUUCUGGCGACCAAGGAACUGCCCUUCGUGCUGGUGUUGCCAACUCCCUCGGUGGCUAUUUCGAUUCUAACCUGAAGUGGGAGGAUCUCGCUUGGAUCAGGAGCAUCACAAACCUGCCCAUUGUGAUCAAGGGUGUGCAAUGCGUCGAGGAUGUUGAGAUCGCCUUACAGUAUGGUUGUGCCGGCGUCCUGCUCUCAAAUCAUGGUGGUCGCCAAUUGGACUACGCUCCGGCAUCAAUCGAUAUCCUCUGGGAAAUUCGCCAGCGUAGGCCAGACAUCCUGGACCAGAAGAAGCUCGAGGUAUACUGCGACGGCGGUUUCCGGCGAGGCUCAGACGUGCUCAAGGCCCUCUGUCUUGGCGCAACUGCGGUAGGUUUCGGCAGGCCGUUCCUGUACGCCAACGCCGCCUAUGGGGAGGAGGGUAUCGUCAAGGUAGCAGAAAUAAUGGGAGAGGAGAUAGCCACAGGUAUGCGCCUGCUUGGGGUGAACAAGAUCUCGGAGCUUAAGCCCGAGAUGGUCUCUCGUUUGGCUUGA